CCAGACCCACCAGAGAGCAGGACCCGGUCCAACCCACUGUGCCACCGUGCCCCCUAUAUAAGAUACAUUGAUUUGUAUUAUUAUACUCUAUAUUCUAUAAGGGUGGUACACUGGCCCAGCUAGUAGUGCUGGUAUUUUAUAGCUUCUAAGCUGCAGGUUUCCAGCCGACUUAAGUCUACACGCUGCUUGUGUGUUCUCUACAUGCGUUGAGUUUCCUCUGGCUGCUCAGUUUCUUCCCACACUCCUAAGACGUGUGUUGCCCUCUAACGGACUGACUUCUCUUGCCCAGCCUAACAAACACUUUGUGCUUCUGAAACAUGAUCCUACAUGACAGCAAGCAGUUAUUGAUCAUGAAAGAAUGUUUUAAGGCACCUUUUAUCCAGUCUAAUGAAAUAUAAUGUGAAGAAAUGAGGAACUGGUUCAAGAGAGUUUAGCAAGCUCUGCGUUUUAAAAUCUCCCAAGUUUUGUGUCAGAAGGCACAAUUUUAUUAUGCGAAACAAGUAAGAAAUCAGUUAUAGCUGCAAUCUGUUUCACAGAAAGCGUAUCACAAUUUAUAAAAAAUAAAUAUCAAGUUCAUUUGUGAACCAGUGAUGUCAUGAGCCCCGUAAUAAAAAUAAAAUAAGUUUGAUGUUCACUGUUGUACAGUACUGUAAUGUACUCUGAGUAAUUUAGCACGUGUCCUCCUUCAUAGAGUAAAGUAUGUACUGUAAUAACAAUCUAAUAAUAGCGCCUUAUAGCAGCAGCCCAGGGCCCUUCGCUGCCCUUUCACCUUAAGUGCGUGAAGGCGGCGAGUGAGAGGUGUGCGAACUGCGCAGGCGCACAGGGCUCCGUCGAGGGGGUGAAGGACACACGAGCUGUGCUGCACUGGGACAAUCCGCAGGGGUCGAGAAGGGACGCCGCACGUACAACAGCCCAACGCUGUUAAGACCCCCCCCGGUGUUCCUCGGUGUCUCCAAGGCCGGUCCAACAGUCGCACGUGCUACUGCAAUAUUGUUCCGUUUCGACAUGCAACGAACCGAUCAUGAAGCCGUGAUGAAAGAGGACUGGACUCACUCUUCACUACGAAAGACAUACGAGUUCAUGCAAAAUCUUAAAGUUGAUCAUUCGCAGACCUUUGGUUCAUAUGGCGAAAAGAAACAAACUCACGCGUCUGCACCACCAUCAUCUGUCUCUUUCUGCUAAUGUAAUGCACACAUUGUAUUUUCUAUGAGAUGUACAAACAAAGUGUCUGAUAAUGUAAACUUCCGUCUACGUAACAUCGAGGUACAGGUGAGGUGAGUGCAAGGCUCGGGUACACGUUUACUCGCUGUACCAUGGUGAAGGACGCGGUAACGAUCCGGUGUUGUCGGGGAAACUGCAUUCAACAGCCUCUGGGUGUUUGGUACAUUAUUAACCCCCCCCAAAAAAACAUGUUUUUACGAGACGAGACGUCACGCACAGACGCCGGGUUUCCAGAGUUUCUGUGAGCGGCGCCGUUGCCAUAGCGACGCGUGCUGAGGAAACGUCACGUGAGCGGACCGCCUGCCUGCCGUCCCGUGAUAAGAACUCAUAUAAAGACCCGUAGCGACCGCCUUGGGCAUCAGGCCAGUCCAAUAGUCGGUGCCAUUUUUGGAUUCACUUCUGUUACAUCCCAUCCGUUAGGCACCAGCUGAUGGAUGACGUCAGCUAGAUGCACGCAGAGUGCCGUGACGUCAGAUCCAAAGGACUAACAAGUCAGCAGAGACAAGUGCACUCCCUGGAAUGGUCAGUAAAAUGCAUGCAGGAGGUCAGGCCCAGUCCGCUGUGCCCGAGAGCAGGAAACCGGAUCGCCUCCGGAAGCGGACGCCUGGUCCAUCCGUCUGUACGGGCGAAAGCGGAACUGCCUUCGAUUGCCUGCCGCAUACGUCUCUUAAACAAAUCCAGGAAAAUAUAGAAAUUGAGGCUGAUGAGGCGAAACUGAUUGUCCAACCUCUGUUGGACACAGAGAACACAUUUGUUAAGGAUCUAGAUGACUUCUUGCAGCGCUGGGAGGCACUGGAGCUCAGGAGGAAAGAGCUUCUGCACAGGCGCUGGACGCAGAACGUGUGGAACCCCAUCCAGAAGAGGAUCGAGCAGCACGUGUUGCGCAGGAUCUCCGAGAGCCCCGACAAGAUGAGGGCUAUGCUGGAGCGCUACCUCAAGUACUGCGACACCAAGGGUUUUGUGUUUUUGGAUAAUUAUGAUCCACUUGAAUAUAAUCCCUUUGAACGGCACAUCAACAGACAGUGUUAUUCCAAGGUGUUCAGUCCAGAGCCGACGGACCCCCUGCUCCUGCGGUCGCAAGGCACGGUUAAGGAACAGAGCGGCUUUCUGCGCAGCCAAACAGGACAUGUUUACAACCGCAAGGAAUCAGAGGAUCCUCAUAUGCUUCAUGUGUCCCAAUCAGCCAAGGCAGACAAGUUGUUCUCCAGCUGCUGAUGGGACAUAGAGGUUCUGGAAUCCGAAUGGACUCUGCAGCCAUGCGACACGAUGAAACCCUGUGAUCUGUACACUCUGAGUGAAAACAGUGCUCUUCAAAAGCACUGGGACAAGGGUUCAAAUUGGCCCAUUAUAGCUGCAUACUCAGGAAAUUUGAUUUUCAUUUAAAAAAAAUGAAGAUGAUGCAAAAACAAAGACUAUGCACUUUUUUUUACCAAGAGUUAGUUUUGUGCAUAAUUGUUUUAACAUUAUGCAGCAACAGAACUUUAUUUUUGGUGAAACCCUCAUUUUAGAUUAAGAAAAAUAUCGGGACCAAAGUUUAGAAGCGUUUUUUUGCCCGUGUGUUUUGUGUUGUAUAUGUUUCACCCAUAUUGUGAAGAGCUCUUGAGCUUGCAUGGUGGUCAGGGCUCUGACUUACCGCUUCUCCUUCACCGCUAUCCACCUUAAAACUGAGAGGAACUAAUCACAGCCCUUCCGAUUCAUGAAAAAACAAACAUUUCUAACAGGUUGAAAAGUGGUUAAGGUCAUGGGUUCAUAAUGAAGUUGCCACCUUAUACCCUCCUCCCCCUGCUACUGUAAUGCCUUGAGAAAAGUGCUCUGAAUUGAUGCUGAAAAAAAUUGUCAGUCAGCAAAGCAACAAACUAAUUUAAAAAAUGACUACAUUUGGUCCUUGUGUUGUUUCUAUUACAAAAUUUGAUAGCUUUUGAUGUAUUGUAUUUUCUUCACUUGUCUGUUUUCAAAAAAUUAUCAGGUGAACAUCACCUGCAUUUCUGUGUGUGUGUUGGCACCCAAACAGUGUAGGAAUGUAGAACUGGAUUCCAGAAUGCUGGCGAUUAAUAAAUAGAUGAA